AUGGCAAGGCGGGGAGGUUAUCGGCAUCCUCAGUCCCCGCCCCAGGCGGCGUUGCCCCCUCGUGCUCAGAGGAAUCGGAGGUUCGACUGGAAGUUUUCACUAUUCCUUUGCUUCCUAGUGGUAGUGGCCCUCAUAUCUUAUCUCGCGCCCUUAUUCUUCUCCGUUCCUCGCCCGGAAAGACCUGAUGAUUUAUCCAAGUUUGAGCCUUAUAAUCGCAUUGAUAAGUUGAGGCGGGAAAAUUCCAAGUUUUACACACUCCGCUCUGUAAAACUCAAACUUGCUUUGGUUUUUACACAUCUCUUAGUUGAUCCAUAUCAAGAUUUGAUGAUUAAUUUUGCAUUAUCUUUGAAGGAGAUUGGCCAUGAAUUCCAGGUGCUCACACUUGAAGAUGGUCCUCUGAGUACUGUAUGGAGAAAUGAAGGAAUUUCUGUCAGUAACAUAGAUACUAAUGGAAGUCUGAAAGUAGAUUGGCUAAACUAUGAUGCAGUGCUUCUGAACUCAUUUGAAGCUGUGGAUAUCCUGUCUUGUCUUAUGAAGGAACCUUUUAAAAGUGUGGCUGUUAUAUGGACUGUCGGUGAAAGUGCACUUGCUGGCCGACUGGAAAAAUAUAACUCAACUGGCCAGAAUAUGUUAGCUGAUAGUUGGAGAAAAGUUUUCGGGCGUGCCAAUGCUAUUGUGUUCCCAUACUACAAUUUGCGGAUUGCAUAUUCAGUAUGUGAUACUGGAAACUACUAUGUAAUUCCAGAGUUUCCUAUUGAACCACAAGAUGUUGAUGAUUACAUUGUGAGUAAUUCGGAAAUAUAUGCUAAGAUGGGGUGUGGGCCACAACACUUGAUCAUUGCAAUUGUGGGAAGCCAACGACCGUACAAGUAUCUCUGGGUCGAACAAGCCCUUGUUUUGCAGGCUCUAAUACCAGUUUUGCAAACCAUUGACAAUUUGAAGAAUCCUCCUCUCAAAGUAAUUGUCCUUUCAAACCAAACUUCCUUGUUGUGGGAAUCUAACUUCACAUUCUCGCUUAAUCAGACCGGAGUGGUGAAGCGUGUUGCAGCUUCAGAUGAAUUAGAUGCAGAGAGGAUUUUGAAAUUGAGUGAUAUUGUGAUAUAUGCAUCAGUCCGCGAACAGCAAUCUUUUCCAUACACUUUGCUAAAAGCAAUGCUCUUUGGGAAACCUAUAGUAGCUCCAGACCUGUCAAUUAUCAAGAAACAUGUUGUUGAUGGAGUCAGUGCCUUUCUUUAUCCAAAAGAGGACAUCACGGUUCUAACUGAGGUAAUGGCCCGUGUAGUUUCGAAUGGAAAAUUGUCACGUGUAGCUCGAAAAGUUGCACUUGUUGGAGAGCAUAUAGCCCUGAACAUUAUGGUUCCGAAGAGUAUCCAAGCGUACGCUUUGAUAUUGGAAAACAUUAUCCCACCUGGAGUUGCAGGAAAGUCUCUGGCUCUCCCGGUCCCUAAGUUUCUAGUGCCAAAAUGGAAGUGGCAUCUUUCUGAAACAGUAAAUAAGUAUGUGAGCACAAGAUUUUGGACCCAUAGCAUUUUAAACAAGUUUGAGAAGCAAUUUAAUCCUAUUCAGACAGAGAGUUCAAUGGAUGAGAUGGACAACAUUAUUAUGAAUCGUUUCUUGGAUGAAGAAAAAGAGUUACAAAUUGCAAAUAGCAUCGAGGAAGCUGAGGAGGAAGAGAUAGAAGGCAGAAAUGUUCAACGAAGGCGAACAUGGGAGGAAAUAAACAAACUUGUAAAAAAGGCUGAGCGUUUAAGGAAAGUUUUGCAAGAAAGGGGGUAUGGGGAGCUUGAAAGGACAGGCCAACCAUUGUGCAUAUAUGAACCUUAUUAUGGAGAGGGGACCUGGCCAUUUUUGCACAAUUCAUCACUCUAUCGAGGACUUGGGCUUUCUACUAAAGGACGCAGACCUGAAUUUGAUGACAUUGAUGCACCUUCUCGUCUUCCACUACUGCGUGACCCUUAUUACAGAGAUGUCCUUGGCGAAUAUGGAGGCUUCUUUGCCAUUGCAAACCGGACUGGUCGCAUACAUAAACAUCCUUGGAUAGGUUUCCAAUCUUGGAGAGCAACCGCAAGAAAGGAAUCUUUGUCUAAGCUAGCAGAAACAUCAUUGUUAGAGGCCAUUGAAGCACACAGAUAUGGUGACGCUUUGUUCUUCUGGGCUCCCAUGGACAGGGAUCCCAGAAACCCACAAAGACAGGAUUUCUGGUCAUUCUGUGAUGCUAUUAAUGCUGGAAACUGCCAGGAUGCUUUCUCUAAGGCUAUGAAGCAGAUGUAUGUUAUUAACCUGCAGAAUUCGAUUGUUGUUCCUCCUAUGCCUUCUGUUGGUGGCAAUUGGUCUGUCAUGCAUAGCUGGGUUUUACCAACAAGAUCCUUCCUAGAGUUUGCAAUGUUUUCUCGGAUGUUUGUGGAUGCACUUGAUUCACAGUGGUAUGAUCAACACCAUCAAAGUGGACAUUGCUAUUUGAGUGCAAGAAACGAGGACAAGCAUUGCUACUCUAGGAUGCUGGAGUUGGUCAUAAAUGUUUGGGCGUAUCACAGUGGCAGAAGAAUGGUGUAUGUAGACCCGAAGAGAGGGACGAUGCAAGAAGAACACGAAUUGGAGAGGCGGAGAGGGAAAAUGUGGGUGAAAUGGUUCGACUACACCACUCUAAAACAGAUGGAUGAAGAACUGGCAGAGGAUGCAGACAUUGAUCCACCGGAGAAGCGGUGGGUAUGGCCAUCCACAGGUGAAGUGGUGUGGCAAGGUGUGUUGGAGAGGGAGAAGCUUGAAAUGAAGGAGAAGAAAGAGUUGCGGAGGCAGCAGAAGGAGGAAAAGAGGGCAAGAAUGAGAGAACGGCAGAGGCACCGCGAACAUUUUCAGAAAUCAUUGGGGGGAAAAUAUGUGAAGCCACUUUAGCUGGAUGCCUAUAUAUACAUACCACUAGUAGUAGUUCAGAUGAUACAUACUUAGAUUAGUUAGUUAGAUAUAUAGAUUCGAUGAUGCAUACUUAGAUUAGUUAGUUAGAUAUACAGAUGAUUUUCCUUGUGAAUGAUUAGUUUCGUUGAUAUGAUGGUGCCAAAGCUUCAAGCA